CUCCUUUGUCUUUUUCUCAAACGUGCAUAUCACAUCGCAGGCUAAAUUCCAAGAAAUUUAGAACGAAUACUGCACUUCAAAUCCAGUCUUUUUUAUUUAAUUUGAUUAAAUUAUUUAUAUUGCAUUUCAUUUGCACUGACUACCAGCCAUUUAUUUUCUGCAAGUUAUCUUCUAUUUUAGUACGAUCAUCAUCAAGUUAAAGUAAAAUGGCAAGAAUAUCAAAAACAAUGGAAUUUUUUUUAAUGCUUCUUGUUCUAUUAAUAGGGUCCGGAGCUGCAGUCUCGUACUCAACUAUUAAGUAUCUUCCAGGGUUUCAGGGGCCACUUCCCUUUAGCCUUGAAACUGGAUAUAUUGGAGUGGAUGAAUCAGAGGACGUUCAGCUUUUCUACUACUUUGUUAAGUCACAAAGGAAUGCUAAAGAAGACCCUCUCUUGCUUUGGCUAACUGGUGGCCCUGGCUGCUCUGGUUUGUCUGGUCUUCUUUAUGAGAUUGGUCCAUUGACAUUUGAGGUAGUGGAGUACAAUGGAAGCUUGCCUACACUUAUCUUGAAUCCACACUCAUGGACUCAGGUGGCUAGUAUAAUAUUCAUAGAUAUUCCAGUAGGCACUGGGUUUUCCUAUGCACAAACUCAACUUGCUGCUUAUUCAACUGACCUGACACAAGUUCACCAAGCUCACCUAUUUCUUAGGAAGUGGCUAAGGGAUCAUCCGGAAUUCCUCGCAAAUCCAGUCUAUAUCGCUGGGGACUCCUACUCCGGCAUUACCCUGCCAGCCAUAGUUCAACAUAUAUCAAAUGGGAAUGAAAAGGGCACGGAGCCUCUAAUAAAUCUCCAGGGGUACAUAAUUGGGAACCCUGUAACGGAUUCAAGUUUUGAUACCAAUUCAGGGGUCCCAUUUGCUCACGGAAUGGGACUUAUUUCUGAUGAACUCUUCGAGUCAUUGAAGAGAAGUUGCGGAGAGGACUACGUCAGCAUUGAUCCCAGCAAUACGGAGUGCUUGCAAUAUUUGCAGGACUUUGACAAGUGUCGUUCAGAACUCCAACAAGGACAAAUUUUGGAACCCAUUUGCGGUUUUGCUUCCCCAAAGCCAUUUCAGCUAUUUGGUAAAAGAAGAUCUCUCAACGAGAACUCUCAAUACUUCCUGGACAUCGAUCCAUCAAUUCCUUCAAUCGGUUGUCGUACUUAUGCAUACACGCUAUCUUAUAUUUGGGUUGAUGACAGAAGUGUUCGGCAAGCACUUCAUAUACGUGAGGGGAGUGUAAAGCAAUGGCUGCGAUGCAAUUAUGGAAUACCUUACGCAUCUGAUAUUCCAAGCAGUAUCAAGUAUCAUGCAUACCUCUCUAAGAAAGGUUACCGCUCACUGAUCUAUAGUGGCGAUCAUGACAUGAUUGUGCCAUUCUUGGGAACUCAAGGAUGGGUAAGAUCUCUAAACUAUUCAAUCACUGAUGAUUGGAGACCAUGGAAAGUUCAAGGCCAAGUUGCAGGAUACACGAGAACAUACUCUAACCGGAUGACAUUUGCAACCGUUAAGGGUGGAGGACACACUGCUCCAGAAUACAAACCUGCAGAAUGCCUGGCAAUGUUUAAAAGGUGGACAAAUCAGGAGCCUCUGUAACUAAGUGCAUUCCGACGCCGAAACAUUGUCGCCUCCAAAUUUAACAAAAACAAAUCUGAUAUGAUAUUUUACUUUACAAAUGUUAGAAAGAAUGUGUAUAAAUAAUAUUGGAUCUCCAAUAUUCUGAUCUUAGAAUGAUCCUACUGCCAUUUCAUGUAAUCGAAACAGUACUCCACAUUAUCCAAUAAAGCAUCCAAUCAACAGCA